AUGUCUGCCACACGCUCUGGUGCUCUGUGGGGACCACCUGCCACUCCAAGCUGGAUGCAGCUGUGGAUGGCACCAGUUGUGGAGAGAACAAGGCCCAAGUACAAGGGCAAGUACUGCGUGGGCGAGCGGAAACGCUUCCGGCUCUGCAACCUGCAGGCCUGCCCCCCUGGCCGCCCCUCCUUCCGCCACGUCCAGUGCAGCCACUUUGACGCGAUGCUGUACAAGGGCCAGCUGCACACAUGGGUGCCUGUGGUCAAUGACGAGAACCCCUGCGAGCUGCACUGCCGGCCCUCCCAGGAGUACUUCGCUGAGAAGCUGAGGGAUGCUGUGGUUGAUGGCACUCCUUGCUACCAGAGCCAGGCCAGCCGUGACCUCUGCAUCAACGGCAUCUGCAAGAACGUUGGCUGUGACUUUGAGAUUGACUCGGGUGCUGUAGAAGACCGCUGUGGUGUGUGCCACGGCAAUGGCUCCACCUGUCACACCGUGAGCGGAACCUUCGAGGAGGCUGAGGGCCUGGGAUACGUGGAUGUAGGGCUGAUCCCAGCAGGAGCACGUGAGAUUAUCAUCGAGGAGGUGGCUGAGGCUGCCAACUUCCUGGCUCUGCGGAGCGAGGACCCGGAUAAGUACUUCCUCAAUGGUGGCUGGACCAUCCAGUGGAACGGGGACUACCAGGUGGCUGGCACCACCUUCACAUACGCGCGCAUGGGCAACUGGGAGAACCUGACAUCCCCAGGGCCUACCAGUGAGCCUAUCUGGAUCCAGCUACUGUUCCAGGAGAGCAACCCUGGGGUGCGCUAUGAGUAUACCAUCCACAGGGAGGCUGAUGGCCACUCUCAGGUCCAGCCGCCCAGCUUCUCCUGGCACUAUGGACCCUGGAGCAAAUGCACAGUCACCUGCGGCACAGGUGUGCAGAGGCAGAGCGUGUACUGCAUGGAGCAGCAGGCAGGGCUGGUGGAUGAGGAACACUGUGACCCCUUGAAUCGGCCUGAUGACCACCAGAGGAAGUGCAGCAAGGAGCCCUGCCCUGCCAGGUGGUGGGCAGGGGAGUGGCAGAUGUGCUCCCGCUCCUGUGGGCCUGGGGGCCUCUCCCGCCGGGCUGUGCUCUGCCUCCGCAGUGUGGGGUUGGAUGAGCAGAGUGCCCUGGAACCGUCUGCUUGUGAGCACCUGCCCCAGCCCCCUGCUGAAACCCCAUGCAACCAUCAUGUGCCCUGUCCUGCCACCUGGGCUGUGGGGAACUGGUCUCAGGCCACCUGCCGUCUGCCACCCUGCCUGCAUCCCCUGGACACCCUGGGCCCUGAUGGCUCUGGCAGUGGCUCCUCUAAUCAUGAGUUCUUCAAUGAGGUGGACUUCAUCCCACGCCGCCUGGCCCCGCACCCUUCGCCCUCCUCCUCACCUGAGCCAACCAGCAUGAGCAAUGCCAUCCUAGAGGAGACUCCAGGGUUGGACCCGCCGGAGCCCGUGUUUGUGGAUGACUUCUACUAUGACUACAACUUCAUUAACUUCCAUGAGGAUCUGUCCUACGGGCCCUUCGAGGAGCCUAGCCCGGACCUGGUGGACACAGGGGACUGGAUGCCCCUACCAAGGAGCAGUCCUGUUGAGCCCCUCCUCAAUACCCCCAUGCCUGCCACAGAGGCUCCUGGUGCUGAGAAAGAAAGGACAGAGGGAACUUGGUCCCCUGGCCCUUGGCUCACCCAGACUGGCCACUCCCCACCCCCGUCCUUGGAGCAGACCCCCGGGGACCCCUGGGCCAGUUUCUUCUCCGAGGGAGAUGCCUCCAUGGUAGCUCCUGAUCUUGGACUCCCCAGCCUCACCCGACUCCCUGCUGCAGUUGGUGACAUGGAGAUUCCUACUGCUCCUGGGAACCCAGAUGAGUUGCUAGUGAGGGAGGACAGCCAGAGCCAGCCACCCCCUGCACGGUGGGGCAGGACAGAACUUUCCAAGGACGAUGAGAAAUCCCCAGGCCACAGGACAUCCCACCCGCCUGAAAGCCCCGUCCCUACAUCUCCCAUUAGCUCUACCCAUGCCUCUCCUAUUUCUGACAUGGUAGAGCUGUGGACAGGAGGAACUGUGGCCUGGGAUCCCCCGCUAGAGGGUGACCCAAAACCUGUGCCUGGUGAGCUGUGGCCUACCAUGGGAGUGGCUCUUCCUCCUUCCUCCACUGCAGCAGGAACCUGGGACAGAGAUAGCCUCCAGGAGCCGGGGACUCCCACCUUUCCAACUCCAGGACUAGGCGCACGGGACCUGCAGACCCUGGCCGAACCGGGGACCUUCCUUUCCACAGUGUUGACUGAUCCAGGGUACAUGCCCUGGGUGACACCCCUGAGCCUCGACCCAUUGGGCCAGCCCGCACCCCCCAGCCUUGAGGAGCCCCUGAGCCCUGGACUGCUGUCCACACCAGCUCAGGACAGCCCUGCCAACAACAGCAGAGCCCCUCAGGCCCAGCCUCUGGGGCCUGACCAGGCCCAGAAUGGGUCUCCCGCGGACCUCCUGCCUGCCAGCAAUGCCACCUGGCAAGUGGGGAACUGGAGCCAGUGCUCCACCACCUGUGGCCUGGGUGCCGUCUGGAGGCUGGUGCGCUGCAGCUCUGGCCGGGAUGAGGACUGUGCCCUUGAAGGCCGGCCCCAGCCUGCCCGUCGCUGCCACUUGCAGCCCUGUGCUGCCUGGCACAUGGGCAACUGGAGUAAGUGCUCCCGCAACUGUGGUGGGGGUUUCUCAGUGCGGGAUGUGCAGUGUGUGGACACACGAGACCUCCGGCCCUUGCGACCCUUCCACUGCCAGCCUGGGCCUCCAAAGCCACCUUCCCGCCAGCCCUGUGGGGCCCAGCCCUGCCUCAGUUGGUACAUCUCUUCCUGGAGGGAGUGUUCUGAGGCCUGUGGUGGCGGUGAACAGCAGCGUCUGGUGACAUGCCCAGAACCAGGCCUUUGCGAGGAGUCGCUGAGACCCAAUGCCACGCGGCCCUGCAACACCCACCCCUGCACGCAGUGGGUGGUAGGACCCUGGGGCCAGUGCUCGGCCCCCUGUGGUGGUGGUGUCCAGCGACGCCUGGUUAGAUGUGUCAACACCCAGACGGGGCUGCCUGAAGAAGACAGUGACCAGUGUGGUCAUGAGCCAUGGCCCGAGAGCUCCCGUCCCUGUGGCACAGAGGACUGUGAGCUGGUGGAGCUUCCACGCUGUGAGCGGGAUCGUCUGUCCUUUGGUUUCUGUGAGACCCUGCGCCUGCUGGGUCGCUGCCAGUUGCCCACCAUCCGUGCCCAGUGCUGCCGCUCAUGCCCUCCGCACGGCCGGGGUGUCCCAUCCCGAGGCCAUCAGCGGGUGGCCCGCCGCUGACCAGAGUCCCGGCCGGCAACCCGCGCGCCAAGACACACAGACCUCAGUGUCCACCACGGGUGCG